UUUAAAAACUAGAUUUUUUCGUACGAAGCGCAAAAGUUGCGCGCUGAAAGUGAAUCUGUGGAGAUUUUUAUUAUCUUUGUGAGUUGAGUGAUUUGAAGUGAACUGUGAAGUUUUAUUGUUAAUAUUUGUUACUAACGCUAAUAAGCUGCUGUCUAAUUCACGAGGGCUUACAUUAUGAAACCGCAGAGCAUUGAAUACUUGCUUGAUUGCUAUGUGAGAGAGAGGAAUUGCCAUUAUGAUGUGGUGGAUGGAGUUAGAAGACAUGGUCCUAAUUAUGAUAGUCUUGCUGCGCGAUUGACACCUUCUCUUGUGGUCGAUGGGAUUUUCUGUGAAACUACACUUGAUUUAGAUGACAGAUGUAAUGAACUGCAGUUUAUGCAUCCUCAGAGUGCUGUGCCUGUUGUAGAAGAAGUCAUGGUACAACCAAAUCAUGUUCCAUUGAGCACUGAAAUGGAAGAGAGGACAAAACAAUUUGCACGCCAACUUAUCAGUUUUUCUGACCAGUUUGAAUUUAUUCAUUCUGGUUGUUCUAAGACUCGGUCUGCAGGUAGUAGUGGUAUUGAAUUCAAAGAUCUCAACAUUUUUGUUUCUGCUGAUAGCAAAGUAAUUAAAAUCUCUGUUGUAAGAAAAGAUGCUGAGCAAUCUACUAAGGCAAAAUGGAAAACCUGUGAUAAAACUGCUAAAUCUGGUAUUCACUUUGAUGCCUCUGAAGGAGAUGUUUUAUUCAAUGAGGGUGAAUUAGAAAGCAUUAUAGAGAUUGCAUUAUUAGAGAAUAAUGACAGUGGCAUUGAUAAACGUUUCCAAGUGGAAUUAUUUGAUCCUGAAGGAAAUGAUGUUGGGAAACGUAAUUGUGUAACUGUAAACAUUUGUGAUGAGGCCCGUAAGUAUGCACAUUUUUGUUACAUUUUGUUAUUUUGUAACUUUUUGUUUUGCACUUACAUUUUUAGGAAUUCUGUAAGUAUUAGUUGUAUUACGUGUUUUUAAGUUCUGGUAUGCAAAAUGUGUUGGUUUAAAAUUUUAUUAAUACAGAUACAUAUGUGUGUAAUUAAACAAAAAUUUUGAUUUUUAAAUAUUAUCUGAAUAUUAUGUAAAUGGAUAUUAUUAGCAUAUGAUAUUUUUUAUGAAACUUAUGGAACUUUCUGAUUACACCCACAACAAAAUCUCAAAACGUAUUCCCAAGGCAUUGCCAGAAUAGUUCUAUGGUAACCUCCAUAAUGUCACCAAAAAUCAUGUAUGUAUGCAGCUCAGGUAUAUAUAUAGCAUAAGUACAUUUUAACAGGUAUAUAAUGCUGAUUUGGUAUGAUUCGCACUGUCCCAUAACUUUUUGAUAGUUUAUGUAUGACAACCAAUAUUGGCAUCGAUAAAAUUAUAUUUACGGUUAAUGCAGAAAUGUUCACUUCUAGUCUCUGUUAAUACUUAUCUCCUUUCUAACAGUCUUAGUAUAUUAUAUAAAAAGACGCAAGGCAAUCAUUUAAUUAAGCAGUUCCGUCUUGUUGCCUGUCUCAACAAGAAAAUUCUUGUCUUAUUUGAACAGCCUUCUGGGAGUCGAUUCAGGUAAAACCUGAGAAACUACUUAUUAGGAUCUGUACUUAGGCAGUCUCGGCCACAGGUGUUUAAAUUAAGUCUCCACAGGAACUGAAGUCAUUGCUGGGGGAGGUUGUUUCACGCUCGGCAGGGACCGUAUGAUACUGUUUUGUCCGUUGGUUGUGGUGGAGCUAUGUAGUCAGAUAUUCAUAGAUGUCUGGGGUGAAACAUCCCCAUCGAUGGAGUUGGCGAAUUCAGGGAGCCUUUAAACUGUUCGAGGAUUCCGGUUCCAAACGUAGUAAUUUGUGCAAUAUUUAUCUUUUUUGUGAUUGCUUGUUGUUAUUGGUUAUCUACAUAAAAAAGGUUAAGUGCAGUUACAUAUUAUGCUAAACUUAGGUUAACUUUUUAAUUCGCAGAAGCAACAAUUUGAGUAUAAUUACUCGAAAAUUGUUUAGCUCUC